GCGGUUGUUGGUGGUGGUGCUGGUGUAGAACGAUACGAGAAAGUUUGAGCUGUUCUGCAGAAUCACAUUUGCUGGAUCUCUGCGGCAUGAAUUAUCAUGUCAUGAAGAGAUACAAGUUUGCCAUUGCUUUUGUGACACUGACUGAACAACAGGAACCUAGCACAGGGGCAGAAUAGGGAUAUCCGUUAGGGACGUUUCCAAACUUUCGUGCCCUCCGAACUUCCUUCCCAAAAGCCAUUUUCACUGCAUGCUGUUUGGCAGACAGGAAGGUUUCAAUCGCGUUCAGAUUUCUGUACUUGGCAUAUGGACUUCUUUGUUGUCGGCCAAACAUCGGUGCCGGCGGGAACAACAUUAGAGUGCGCAUAUUAUGACUGAUAAAAUCAUGUUCCUGGUAUUAUUUCAUUGCUGUCUUUUAGCGAGUCUUGCAUCUCUGACAACAUCUGAUAUCGGUAUGGUUAGACAUGUUCUUAAACGUGAAACAAAUGACUGUUGGAAUGAACUCACAGCUAGGCAACACACUGCAUCCUUCACCAGCCCUGGGUUUCCCUCCAAUUACCCGAACAAUGCAGACUGCAAUUGGAGGAUAACGACUUCACCUGGCAACCGGAUCGCCAUCAGUUUUGUCUCUUUCGAAGUGGAAUACAUACAGAGCUGCCGGUAUGAUCACCUGACAAUCUACGAUGGCCCCGAUCGUACAUUUCCUCAAGCUGCACGUUACUGUGGGCAGGAUUUACCGACAGACUUCACUUCCAGUCAGUCAGUUGUCUUGAUCACAUUUCACACCGACUCGUCGGACACGAGGAGAGGUUUUGAGAUCGAGUUUCGCGAAAUCACGAAUGUUGAAGAUACCGUUGGAGAAUGGUCAGAUGUGACUUACGGCUGCAUUGGCGGCACUGGCGACAAAAACGUUGACACUGUCCACUCAGGAAAUACAAUAGAGUUGUAUGGUAAUGCCGUGCAGACUGAAGGCGUCCGACUUUGUCAGACCAUUGAAGUUACUGGCUGUCAUCAAGAGUGGCAUAAUGCUCGUCGGGGUAACAUCACAUCACCUGGAUACCCUCAUCCGUAUCCAAGCAACGCCAAGUGCACCAUUGUGAUCAAUGCUCCACCACGACAUGGCAUCACUCUGACGUUUCACUCUUUUGAUCUGGAGUCGUACUUCUGCGUCUUUGAUUACGUGCUGAUAAAGGACAGCAUCUCAGCAGAUGCUGAACCUCUAGCAAAGCUCUGUGGCUCUGACCUUCCAGGAGAAAUCCAGUCCACCACCGGUGUGCUGGUAGUCAAGUUUGUCUCCGAUGCCACCGGUGAAAAAGGAGGGUUCCAUGCCUCAUUUGUGAGUCACGUCGUUCGACCGAAACUGUUACUAGAAGCACUUAUAGUGAGUACAGAAAAUUACGACCCGGAAGUAGUGACCACCUAUCCAGUUACUGAUCAACACUCCGAUCAGGAUGGCGCGCUGGCGUUUGUCAAAAAGCCCUUCAACUUGACUGAUGUACAACUCGGGGAUCCGGUGAGGCAAGAGUGCAGUGUCAACCGUGACGAUGCUGUCGUCAAGUGGUUCAGGGGAAAUGCGGAACUGCCGGAAGGCGAAUAUACACAAGGUGUCAUAAUUGCCAAGGUACCCCGCGGGAGCAUGCUGAUUAUAGUCAGAGUCGAGGAGGAACACGAGGGAAUCUUCGUGUGUCAAGCGCAACUACCAGGCCAGCCACCCAUAUUGGCACCACUUGUGCUUCAAAAAACGUCUCUACUGGCAGUAACCGAGGAACCUUUUGCCGUGAGCUACGCGUCGACGACCGAUGUCAACGGUUUAGACGAGAGAUUCGAGACUGUGCCACAGGACGCUUCUGUCAUCGACGGUGCCUAUCACGUCUUCGAAUGCUCCUACCCAGGCAGCCUUUACAUCAUCUGGCAGAAGGAUGGCCAGACUUUGUUUACCAAUGAGAGAAUAUUCAAAGUCUUUCCAGAUAACCUCAUGAUCAGUGACACCAGGGUGACCGACAGCGGCAGGUACUUCUGUGUGGCGUACGACGAAAAUGACGUCAAACUCGGCACAGUCUUUGCCCAAUUGAUUGUCCUGUCAAGCUUGGAUGUAUCAGAUGGUUGCGGUCUUGUGAGGGCCAAAGAGGCUAUCAACUCUUCAGAGUCGGACAGAUACCGCAUUGUGGCAGGUAAGACGGCCAAAAAAGGUUCGUCACCGUGGAUAGCCCGUCUGUGGGAUCGGCGUUUGGGCAGACACUUCUGCGGUGGAUCCCUGAUCAAUUAUCGUUGGGUGCUCACAUCAGCUAUUUGUGUGGACGAACCCAUUCGUUCAGGCCGAGGACAUCGGGUCCGUUUGGGUGAUCACGAUUCCUUCCACAAGGAACCGAGUGAGAUGAUGUUCAGGGUCUCGCGGAUUGUGGUGCACAACAAUUUCAACAAGACAAGCUACGAUAAUGAUAUUGCCUUGAUAGAGCUGGAUCCCAGGGUGCAGGAAUUCACCGACUAUGUCUCCCCGAUUUGUUUGCCCAAACCUCGCCUCUCUAAAAGGUUACUGAUGCCAGGAAAAUAUGCUAGGAUCGCCGGAUGGGGGGCGCUAGCCGAGAUGCUACCUUACCAUAGGUAUCUCCGCGACGUCCGAGUUCCCAUUAGGCCCGAGAGGGAUUGCCAGGAAUCGGGUGGGAGUAUGUUCACCACAAACAUGUUUUGUGCCGGCUACCGCCAGGCUGGGCAUGGAGACGCUUGCCGGGGGGACAGUGGGGGUCCUUUUGCCAUGAAGAAAGGGGACAAGUGGCACCUGCUUGGGGUGAUUAGCUGGGGCGAAGGGUGUGCUAGGGCUGAAAAGUAUGGCUUCUACACCAAGGUUUCCAACUACUUCUCCUGGAUCACAGAGGUCAUGACCGCCGGUGUUGGAGAUGAUUCCUCAGUGUCUGAGUCCGAGUCCUCGUUGUCUGAGUUCGAGUCCUCAGUUUCUGAGUAAGUGCUCAUGACUGAUUCCUAAUCAGAUUCCUCGACGUUUUGAGAUUUCAUCCCAUCGGGACCGUCACCAAAAGACAAACGAUACACACAGUUCAGACAGACUCAUUACCCCCAUUUAUCCGAAGCAAGGCUUCCUCUUCUUUUCUCCUUCUACAUAAACAAUCUACCAGGAGAAAAAAACGUGAUAGGGUCUGAAAAUUUCUUGGGAUAAAUUUUACCCUAAGGGAGAGUGAACACUGCACCCGAAAGUUUGGUAGGAAAUUGGUUGGCAUCAAUUCUAGUUUGUUGUAACCAAAAAUGGUUGCUAUUUACCCAUUUUGUGGACGAAAUCUGAAUCAGAAAUUAAUUCUUAUCACCAAAAUUGAGUUCACAAAACCCAUUUUUAUGGUAUUUACGUUCCCUUGGGUUAAGAUUUAAUUCAAACAAUUUUUCAGCGAUAUAUGCAGUUUUAGCUAACAGUACGUUUAAAAACUGGACAGACUUGGGGCAUGGAGAUAAUAAUGGGCCCAGCCCGUGGAAGGCAAUCGAGGCUCAUUAUAGGCACAACGAUGAUAUUCUAAUAACCAGUCUAAAUUUCAAAUCUUUGCAACAAAGAAAAUUAUUUCUUUAUCUGCGUGCAGACAGUAAAAGAAAUCAUAACAGGUGAAUCUUAUACUUUGUAAAUGACCAUUUAGAGCGAUACUUAUUACUAAUUGUUCAUUUGGUAACUUAGACAUUAUAAUUCUCUACGGAAAAUUUAAUACACUGUGAAUGAGCAGACAUAGUACAGGCAUAACACACUGUCAGACCGUCACUUACAGCUUUUUUCUAAAUUCUUUAAUGUUUACUUUUACAUACUUUUUAUUGUAUUAAAGAGCAGUUUCAAAAAUGGUAAUGAAAUAUCUUGAGUUUUAGAAUGUUUAGAUUUUUUUUAGUUGCAGUGUCUGUGUAGUUUUUUUAUGCUGUAAGGCAAGUCUAAAGAAAGUUUGGUUUUUGCAGCUGAAAUAUGGAGGACGAAAAGUGGCCAUCUGCUUUCCUGCUGUCAGAGUAGUUGAAAAGCAGAUGUUAUGUUUUUGUAACAUGCAAUUUUUGACUUUUCUGACACCUUAAAAGCAGAACGAACAUUAUUUUGUAAUGCAUUUUU